AUGUCGGUUUACGAUUCCUAUAUGUUUGAAGAAGACAAGAUGUAAGACAAAUUCCUGUUUCUCUGUCUUUCCGUGUAAAACCCUUUCAUUUCGAAUGUAUUCCGUGGUUGUUUUGCCGUAUCCAAAGUGGUAUAGCACAUAUGUAGGUCCCAGUCGACCAGGCACUUAUUCGAAGAUUUAUUUCUACAGAUGUAGUAAUUUCCAAAUAUGAAGUAGAAGCAACUCGCAAAAUUAUUUUAUCCGCAUCGGCCAUACGUGAUCGUGACUCCUAAUUAAAGUUGGGGUCAUUGGAUAUCCUUCUGCAGAAGGAUAUCCAAUGACCCAGGGCUAGACAUUUGCUAGCCCGUUUCGCUUGUGGGCUAGUGCAUGGCUAGUGCAUUUCGCACGUCACGCCCGGGGGUCCCUUUGCGCGUACGCACGCAUGCGGGGUACAUGCAUGUCUGACGACUUAAAUCGCCUCGGGCGAGAACGUCCUCAAUUCGCCCGAGAGGGCGCGUCAACCUACUGUCCCCGUGUGGACAGUGUCCGCUAGGAUUUCUGAAAAAAUCCGGUCAAUCGUAAUACUACCCGGCGACCGGGUGAUCGGGCUUGCUUUGGGCGAGUAGAAUGCUAUCAGGUAUAUAGAAGGUUAGAUUUCUGCGUAUUUAUGGCUUUUCCAUUUAAGAGCGUAGUUUCUAGUCCUGGCCUGCAAUUAUAUCUGCAAAAAGGAGCGUUUUGUUCUUUAGUGUAAACGGCGUAAAUAGACAUACAAUUCUUAGGCAGAAUAGUAUUACCGACAAAGACAAAGGUAAUACUAUUCUGCCUAUAUAUCAUGCGCCGCUGUGCGGCUGCUGGUUGGGCUCGAGAGAGAGUCCAUAAGGCACAACGGAACGAGUGAGUUCCGUAUGAACGAUCGGUGAGCGCCCCCUAACAUUAUACAAUUCUUAAUUAGCCCGUGCAGGCCGUUUGUGUAAGACAGAAACAGUAAUGUUCCUAGCUGAUAGACUUAACAUAUGCCACUAAGAAUUGCUAUUCUAAACGACGCAUUAUCUCAGGCGUGUAUUCAGGAAGUUCGGCCAGUUUGGUAGGAUUUAGUCUACCCUUGUAAGCUGCAUGCAUAGUGCCUGCAUCUUGGUCGCUAAUGGGUUUGUCGCAUCAAAGUCCUUUGCAAACUCAAAUGAUGCCGCCUAUACCCUAGCUGUCAUCUACAUUCCCGGUCAGUGUCUCCUCUGUAGUCAGGUAUUUCAUGAGGUGCGGUUUGCGUUUGACGAGUCACUGCUGAUUAGAGACGCGGUUUCCUUAAAAAAGCCGAAGAAUCGGUACGACAUUCGGCUUAUAAUUUCCCGCGUGACUACAGGUUUCUGAGGACUUAGGUCAAACAGGAAGUGACCAUAAUUGGGACUAGGAGCCUCAACAGGGCCGGUGGCAGCAUGUUCGUUUCCGGACAUUUGUGUCCGUUGGGGUGGAGUAUCUUAAGCAUCACCCCCACCGCUGCACCUGUUGCUAUUUGCAUAUAGUAAGCUAUCUUGGCUUGGUGGAUGCAGCGCAAUCCCACAAUCAUUCUAUAGAAAGUUACGCGUAAGCCGCCCUUCCUGCUUUCAUUCUGCUGUGGAGUACACGGUGGACCUCCUCGGUCACGACGGCCGAACUGUCGGGCCGUUCUAGCGACAAGGGAAAGUGCGCGUUCGUCCUCUACUUGAAGGGCUGGACGGGUUGUUUGAUCAGUGCAUUGGCAGCCUCGGCAUCUUUGUCUGUGUUGGUGACGUCGCUCCCGUAGAAAACAGUUCCUAUGUCCACGGAAAUGGCUGAGAUAUGUGUAGCGUUUUGGGCAUUACAGACAAACCUAUUAUCCGGCCACCUGAGAUUAGCGUGCAGAUCCUGUUUCCAAUUCCUUUAUUUUCGAGGGUCUCCUAGUAUCCUACUGCUGUAUAAAUCAUACCUAAGCCUGCUCUGUUUGAUGGUACAUUUUUCAACCCUGGGGAAUUCUAUGAGAAUCGGUCGUUUUAGAGACGCGAUGCUUCAACGGACACGCUGCCGUUAACUGCCAGGAUGUUUCUCGCAGUAGUAUCCACGUUAGUUCUGUGUUUGCGACGUUACCCCAAUGUAUAUGGGGCCAGCUUAUCCAAAGAUGCGUGUUUAUCAUGAUUUUAGUGCACGUUCGUUGGUAAAAAUUAAUAUUCCGAUAUCAUGCGGAUGAUUUUAAGGCAUUAAUUUUAUAAACGAGGGAGUCUUGUGUGUGAUAACUCCUGUGGAUAAAUACACCGGGCCCACUGACUUGCAGUAGGUAAAAGGAUCGUGUUUUCUAGAAUUCAUAUGAGCAGCACCACUUGUUUAAGAGGAAUUUUCUGCGCGGUUGUGGAACGCUUAACGCCCCAGGGUAAUCGCCGUUACCCUUCGAACAAUUCCUCCAGCCGAAUGACGACUCAUUGAAAUCCCACUGAUUAUAGCUUCUUUUCCGCAGGCUGGAUGUGCGUUGAAGUGUAGUUCUUUAUCAUAUGUAGCCGAACUGGGGCCAGGGUAACUGUGCAAAACUACCGAUAGCCCAUCGAAUAAGUAAAACAUAUCUACAACACCAGCGUGGUUAUAAGAUAUAGUAUGUCAAAUGAGGUAGGGUUCGACCCUUAGCCUCCGUAGAAGGUGCGACAACCCCCACAAUGAUUGCUUAAUUCAUUUUUUGCAAAGAGAGCAAAGCGAUCCACAGAAAUUUUCCCGUAUAAUAUGGCCUCUGUCCAGAUAUCAGUGAUUCCUGUUAAGUGUCUCAAAUGCCCUAAAAUCCGUUUGAAUUCAGCCAAUUUACUACGGCAACUUCAUACAUUCGUGCGCAUUUAGCUUAUAUUGAUCUCUUGGUGGCUUGAGAAGAUUGCUUGUCUAUCGAAAACUGCGGUAAAAGUCAGGACCCAGCUGACUUGACUUCCAGAGUGUGAAAAUUUUACGUUGUUUUGUGACUUCGGCUUGUCAGUGUGAUGGACCUGCCUAACUAAUUUGACCUCAAUGAUCUUGACGAAACAUCGUAUCCUGCUGUCUUGCCCGCUUCCUGAUGCUGAGAAGCGUUGCCAGUAUGGAUGUCAGAGCAGUGCAAGCUUAGGACGUUACAUGAUUGAAGGACCUCAAAGGGACAUUUUUGGUUUCCUUUGGGUAAUUUUAGCGGAAAUGGAGGGAGCAACUCGAUGCCCUAACUGACGCGAUCAGCAGUAAUUCUAUCCUCAUGCCCACUCAGCUUUGCGUAGACCUCGCCUGCAACAAGAACGUCUUUGGGCAGAGCCUGUUUAAGCGCGGUUAUCCUUUUAGUGUUAUACCUGCCGCUGCGUUUGUGGCUGGCGUAGAUGAUUCGAUUUGCUAAUCAAAAAUAUCUUUCGUGCAUGUCUCAAGACGAACCAGAGAACGUGUUGAUCUCAUCAUUUUAUGACCUAAACUUAGCCGCAGUUACAUAUUUGGCCCGCAAUUGCUAAAUCCUCUACAGGAGCCUUUAUUGCCAUUUCACAGGACACCUACAUUCAGGGGAUUGGAAAGUUUCUCCGCCAAACAUGGACUAUAAACUGCGUAACAAAAUGGGUACUAGCAUCGUGUAGAUAGCUUACACAGAUUAUUUAGAGUCGUCUGUAGGCAUGCCAGCCAAACACGUAGCUCACAUAUGCCAGGGCACAACGAUUUUUAUUAUUCUAGCAUUGGACUGGUCAUAGGGGGACGAACGACUGCGCCAUUUUACAGUUUGCCGAUUUGAAGCUACUCCACUUGUAACUUCCUGCAGUACUCAUUGAUGAGUUCCAGUAGUUUUGGACCUUACUCUCUUACUCUAAUUGUUUGAUCUAAGUCAACGUUGAGUGGAUCGAAGUGGCUGCAUGUCCACCCUUCUCAUGUAUCACUGCAGGCUGGUAGGCAGUGGUGAGAUGGAAUGACGCCUGCAACAAAAUAGCGUAAGCAUGCAACAUAUUAACGCAAUUAGCCGAGUUCUAUAAUGUGCACAUUUUAUCCUUGCACAUGUGUAAGAGUUUAUUCUUGCUUUUUGUUUAUUGCUCCGCCAUUAAGAUCUCCCUCCCUCCACCGUACACGGUUUGACUCAAUUCCAGUCAUCAUUUACAUGGCUCUGUAUUCUGUGCUAUUACUAAGUGUGUUGCGUGGCUUCUGCUCUGUAGUCUGCAGUCUUUUGCUCUAAAUUCCUGUCGCCUAUUGUUUUCACGUGCCCUCGGCGCUAGCGAAAACAACCAGUAUUCCCCCGCCCCUGCUUUACUUUAAAUGCGCCUCCUUCCUUAUGCGGCCUCCAAGGCACUAUAACACACGUGAGGUCCGGGCCGUUCAUCCCCUUUGUGCGAAGGCCUGACGCCUUGUACGGGGGACCAGGUCAUGUGUGGCACGCGUAGACGGGCAGAAGGUUGACCUACUCCGACAGUUGGCUGGUAUACCGAAGAUAGAGAGAGAAAGAAGAGGGAAUGAGGCCGACAUCCGGGACUCCAUCCCCGCAGCACUUCGGCGCAUCCCUCGCUAUAAUCAAUCUAACGUGCUGAUUCUAACACGACGUGAUAAACGUGGCCGGGAAGGUUGCCAACUGACGGCACAAAGCAGACCUCGCAGUGUAGAUGGACUGAUUGGUGUCCCGAGGGUCAUCUUCAAUGGCUCCUUUUGAAUACGGCCUCUAUGGCACUCCCAUUCAGAUGGGAUCCAGGCCGCCGCUUGUUGGUGUGAAAACCUGGUCCAGCGUUCACGGAUCAAGUGUACGUCUAUAUGGUACGUGGAGACUGGCCGCCGUUUAGCUCUGUCAACCACUGCGCCCGAUCCCGCCUACGGUAUUUUUGACAAUGUAGUGACACACGGCUCAGGUGGAUGAGGAGGGGGGAGUGCGGUAGAUGCUGUGCAAGUCUACUGUCACCAUAAACUAGUUCACAGCCAAGUCACCGCCCCUGCACGCGGUGGACGUCGUCGGUAACGGCGGUCAAACAAUCACAUGCUAUUAUUGUGUUUUUCUUAGUUUUGAAGUGGGAAUUCGGAGAAUAGAUGUUUCUGCUGGUACAUGUUUUCCGUUCUUGUGGAUUUUCGCCGAAGUCAAAGACCCCCGGCUUCUAGAAACCCUGGUUGGUUGAUUAACAGCGACUACGUCAUCUUGAGGGUUACUCUGAACCAAGUAUCUAACUACUGAGGGCGCUCCUUAUUAAGUUAGAAGCUUACCUCCAAUUUGGUUAUUGAACGGGAUAUUUUGGUAUUAUUCUUCCGUGAAGAUGCCCAUUAAAGUAUCAUGAUGAAAUAGGCAGUUCGUCACAUAUCCUCAAGCUACAACAAGACCAUAUGAUCUUGCUAUGGGCCAUGAAGAGGUCGAGUGAACUUGGGAAGAAACAAAUUCCUCUAGAAAACUAAGACAUAACCAAUCGUAUUCUGUAUUAAACCAAGUUGCCGGCCCGCGGCAUUUGUGAUCUUCCGAGGUCCAAACUUUAGUCUCACCGGAACCUCAUGUUUAAGAGUCAAUCUCUGACUCUUUUCCCAUCACUCACUGCCUUUUUUGUAGGGGGAUGACAGUCACGAGUGGCUCCAUCACUCUAAAAAAGGACCCCCAAAAUCUUGUUGGCAUCAGCAUCGGCGGCGGAGCUCCCUACUGCCCCUGUCUGUAUGUCGUACAGGUCUUCGACUCGACUCCGGCUGCCCGAGAUGGAACCAUUCAGGCUGGCGACGAAAUCACUGGUGUUGGUGGCAUCAGUGUCAAGGGAAAGGGCAAGGUUGAGGUCGCCCGUCUGAUCCAGAGUUUCAAGGCAAUACCUAGUAAUUCACUUACCUCCCCUCCCUCUAGGACACAGUUACAAUCUUCUUCAACAAACUCCACGCAGACCCUAAACAGGGGAAGACGCUGGACAUAGGUAAGGAGUUCUUUGUGCUGAGUACUGCUGGUUCCAAAUGGUCACUUAGUAAAACAACAAAAUGACCGACGACAGGUUAACCGAAGAGUCUAGAUCGCUGAAAUAUGAAGUGUGCCCUUAUGAUAUUUCGAAUUUACGCUCGGACGCAUCAUCAGACAUAACAACAGAAGGGGUGGCAGACUCACGGUGGUUGCCGUAUUUGUAGACUGCAGUUAAUAAUAAGAAUAGGAGUACUUAUAACCUAACAAGCUUGCCGACCCUUUUAAGUACAGUCUGGUGAAGCCUAUCCGUCAAACUUUUAAUGUUUUCCCAUUAACUUUGUUGCCUUCUGUGAAUAAUUUAGUUUGGAAGAAGAUGGUAAAGCGAUCUCUGGGGAGGAAAAUUUAAUCAUCCGACGUUUUGUAUUCGUACUCGAGCACGUCAUCAGAGAUAGACAAAAUGAGAAAAAAACAUGGUCUAAAUAGGCAAUUCGUGCUCGCACCUGAUAAGCCGAUCCCGCUCUCUUCUUAUUGGCUCUCUCGCGCUCAAGUGGUGCCUGACGGCCUCGUAUGGCGCUGGUAAGUCAAUAGUCAUACGCAUGGAGUCAGUAUUUUCGCAAUCGACUGUGCGUAAGGAUGGUUAACAGAAGUUUUGUAGUAUCGACUUUCCGUAACAUCCCGACGGCGUGUGCUCCCCUUGUACUGUAUUUUAGAGCCAUUUUGACGAGGUCGCGGGUAUUUUCGUCUCAUUAUUUCGUUGAGACAUAUUUUCGCGUGGCACACGUUCGACUGCAAUUGCAUGCUGCGUGCGUCACUGCGGCCACCCACUCUCAUCCCUUUGUGUGGGAGCUAGAAGACAGAAAAGUCGAUCCAUCUCGAGUCCAGCGCGGAGUCUCCUCACUUUAAGGAAUCAGACGCGUUCCGAAUCUGUCGUUAUGCGUUAACAGCUAUAGCUUGGAAGUUUGCUAACUGACGGGACAAUUCGGAUUUGCCCAGACUUGCCACUCGGACUGCAAUAACUCCUUUUAAGCGUGGCCCUUGUGACAUCCCUCAUAUCUGCGAGAUCUGUGGCAUUCCCGCCACGUUGGAGCGUUGGACAUACAGUAGGUGGGCUAACUCAUGAAAUGUCAACUGAAAUUCCGAUAUGCGUUUUCGUUUCGAAAAGAUUAAAUCAGUAGGGUUGUAAAACUAAUCAGUCUGCAGUAUAAUUCUAUAAUAAUUCAGUUACCUCAGGAUGCUGGCUUUCGAAAAGACUUCCUUCCGGCUGCAUACAAAACCUAUACUCUGUAAAAAAUGACUACUUAAUUAGCAUGCAUUUUCUCAUUGAUUUUUGAUGCCCCUGGAAGUCCAAUUAUAUUUAAUGGAAAACAUGCAUAAAAAUAUUCACACCUUUACUUAUUCGGCAGAAAAUCCCGCCUUCUUCAAAUGUUAUACUCCAGGGAAGAGUAUAGUUCGGUUUUAAAAAAAUUUUCUGAUUCGCGAAUAAUUUUAAAUCCGACCUGCGGUUAUACUCGCAUUCAGAGUUUCCAAACUACAAGCCAUGUAUUUUCCGCCUGCGGAAAACCACACUUUUCUCUACAGUAUUAAGAGGAGACCAUAUGGGGUUAAUUAAAUUUAGCAGUGCAUUUGAGCAAUAUUGCUAACUUUACAAGGCACAUUGGUAAAUGCAGAUACAUGACGUUCUAUGAACGGCCAUCGGACGGUAUUAAAAAAUCUCAUAGUUAGAAACUUUUUUAAAACCGAAUUAUGUCCCUCAUUCGAGUAUAAAAUUGAAAGAAGACAUAAUUUUCUACCGAAUGAGUAAAAGAAUGAAUAUUCGUAUGCAUGUUUUCCAUGAAAUAUAACUGGACUUUUGGCGGCAUCGAAAACCAAUGAGAAACGUUCACGCGAAGUAAGUAGUCAUUUUUACAGAGUAUAAAUUUUGCAUGCAGCAGGAAGGAGGUUCAUUCGGAAGCCGGCAUCCUGAGGUAACUGGAAUAUUAUAGAAUUACGCCUCAUAGUGAUUAGUUUUACAACCCUUCAUAAUUAAUCUUUUCGAAACGAAAACGCAUCUCUGAAUUUUAGUUGGCAUUUCAUGAGUUAGCCCACCUACUGUACUCGCAAGCAAAUAUGAACAGCGCGUUUUGAGUGCCACCAUAUCUGAAAUUCGCAAUCGUUCAUGGAGCUUAAAAGCAACACUCUGAUCUUAGAGCCUGGCUGGUUUCAUUUAUACCUGCAAAGGUCUUCCAAAGAAAUAUGUUAAGAUGUAAACGUCCGCCAUUGUGUUCACUCUCAUCCCUUUCGCGGUAGCUAGAAGAGAGAAAAGUCGACCCAUCUCGAUUUCAGCGCUCAGUUCCCUCACUUUAAAGAACCAAGCGCGCUCCAAAUCUAUCGUUAUGCGCUAACAUCUGACGGAACAACUCGUAUCUACACAGACUUGCCACUCGGGCCGCAUUGGUCCCUUUUAAGCGUGACUUGUGAGCGAUCCGUGGCAUUCUUUCUUCGGGGCCUGGCUCAUGCGAGGUCUGCUACACCAGGUCGCGUAUGGUAUGCGUAAGCAGAUGUGUAAGCUCUGUCAAUUAGUCUCCAACCCUCUUGCCGCUGCCAUGCUGUCGCAGUGUCGGAAGAGUACGAUGAGGCCUGUGUACUGAAGGUUUGCUUCGCUCUAAAGAAGUCCAUGCGAGUUUCCUCUGAUGGGCGAACUGUGGUUGCCAUUUUAUGAUUCCAAAAGAGCUCCAUCUCGUAUCUAACUGCAUUGCACACAACAUAUAACAAGAUUCUCUGGUACUCUGAUUUGCUGGAAGUCGACAAGCUGAGAAACAGGCGAAAUCUCCCUCUUUCUGAGAGGUUACGCCUGUGUGUUGCCAAUGCGUAUUCGAUAUGGUUGACUGCGUUGAAGCCGGGAUUCAUUCAUAUCGUCCUUCACCUAAUAAUAAGGCGAAUGAGUGUAUUCGAUAAGCUUGUGUAGCGUGCCGCAGUGAGUGACGGAUGUACGUUAGGGAUCCAGAUACUGGUUUAGCGGUCUCAGUGUGGUGGAUACGCAGGUGACCGACCAGGCUGGUGCGCGAUGUAAAGGUAGUAGUGUUGGUUCAGGAGGGCCUGGAGUGAUGUAAGCCCAACCGCAAGAUUGCGAUAAAUGACGCAAUGAUUCACCAGGCAGCAGCAUGCGUGGACUUGGGUUUCUCUGCCACCACAUAAAACGUUUCAUUCAUUGAUCCUCACCGUGGGUAAGUUGCCCGGUGUGAUGUGGUUGGUACUGGAAAAGGUCUCCUUCACUGAGAUCUUGGUUGUGGCAGCGAUCGAGGGAGCGGAUGGUGUGUUUAGCUCUCUGGUCGAUAUCCGGCGGCUGCCAAUGCACUUUCUUUUGGGGGCAGGAUAGGAGUCGUGAGCAUUACUGACUGCGGGACGCUAAGUGGUUGGGCAGAAUCACUCAGGCUUUGCCACCGUUGAAAGUCGUUCUCCUUUCUUCAGUUGCGGAGAGCCAACUGACGGCUAUUUCACUGUCAAAGGCACGUGAAGUAGCUGUUACCCUUCUUCGGUCAUGUUUGCGUUAUAAGUUUGUGGUUGACGGUGUCUUACUUAAACUGCCUACUAAGCUGAUGGAGAUGGGAUGGCGUCUUCCUCUAUCCUGUCAACUCUGCUUCUAAGGCCGUUUCGUCUGGCCAGAUGGCUCCAGAUCCCCAACCGCUUGCUUUAAACCAACUUGAUGGAUGGAUGGGGAUGCGCGGACCAGGCAUUCGCACUAAGGCGCAUUCUCGAAAUUCGCCAUGGCUACCAGCAACCGACGGCCGUCAGCUUUGUUGGCCUUGCCGCCGCGUUCGAUUCCGUCCAGCAUGAGUCCCUAUAGCAGCUAAUGGCUCUAGACGGUGUACCGCCAAAAAUCAUCGCCAUGAUCAAGGCCUAUAAUCGCUCCACCAUCGCGCGAGUCCUGGUCCACAACGGUCAUUCCCAACCGUUUGGUAUUCGGUCUGGCGUUGGACAGGGUUGUUUCCUGUCGCCCAUCCUGUUCAACUACGCUAUUGACUAGAUUCUUGGAAGGGGCCUACACGAAGGUGACAGUAUGGAGUUUGCACCCGGACACCGAAUGGCUGACCUCGACUAUGCCGAUGAUAUCGCCUUAGUUGCUUCAGGUUUUGGUGAUCUGCAAUCUAUGCUGUCACGGGUGAACGGGGUCGCUAAGUCGGUCGUUUUAUCCAUAAACGCUGGAAAGACUAAAGUGUUUUCAAGCUGCACCCCUGACCAGGAGAAGGCACCUCUCGGGAUUGAUGGCUGUCAACUUGAAGAAGUAGACAGUUUUAAAUACCACGGAUCGAGGCUGUUGCCGAAGGACCAGAGUAAGGAUGACAUUGUCUCCCGAAUUGAUGCUGCCUGACGGGUUUUCUUAAGCCUUCGGAAAUGCCAAUGGAUCCGACGUGACCUCUCCAUCGCCGCUAAGAUUCGCGUGUACCGUGCAUCUGUCCGGUCUGUCCUUCUCUACGUUUGUGAAUGCUGGGCUGUGGAGGAGGACGAGCGAGAACUGGAGGUAAUCGAUCACCACUGUGUGAGGACCAUCCUUCGAGUGAAGUUCACCGACUUCGUCUCAAAUGAGACAGUCCACGCUCGCUGCGACAACAUUGCACAGAUAACUCUGGAUAUCCAAGAAAGACGACUGAGGUGGUUCGGGCAUGUUCGACGUCGUCUACCUCAGAAGCUCAGUGUUACUGCUGUCGAUCCAGCACCGUUGCCCAAUUUGGAGGCGUCGAAAAGGGAGUCAACUCAAAACCUGGCUCGACGCAGUUCGUCAAGUCAUGGAGGUGGUUCUUGGAUCUUCAGCAUUUGGUCUUCGUCGUUGGCGAGGAGAAUGGUUUUGACUGUCCAGACAUGCUUCCGGGGAUCGUCAUGCGUGGGGAGGUACAGUUCGGGACAUCAUGGAGGCCGGCUGCACCAGGCAUGUUCGCAGCCGUACCAAGUACAAGUACAACUCGAUGCAGUCCAAUCACCUCUGGCUUUUAGUCUCCCUGUAGCUGGAUAUUUGCUCUCUUCUCCAUAAGUUUUUUUGGCUGGCAUAUUUUCCUAGGAUGUAAGUAUAAAAACACCGUUCGCUUCUUUUUGCAUUGCAUUAUCCGUCUUGAUACGCUUAACGCUUAGCCAACCUUUUUAGCCUGCAUGUGCUUGCCCUAGUCAGAUGUCGAGUUAGGCCUCUUUGUAUGCUAUGUAUUUCUCCUCAUGUCUUCUAGCACGGUUUACCACUGAAAUGCGUCUUACUUCUAUUGCAGUUCUAAAGAAGAUGAAACAUCGUAUGGUGGAGAACAUGGAAGCCAGCACCGCAGAUGCUUUGGGACUGAGUCGCGCUAUCCUUGUCAACGGUUUGAGCCUGCUCUUAUAUGCCUGCUGUCUUCUAUGUUUUUCGCAUUUUUCUCCCCCUGCCUCGGCCGGUAUUUAUCACGGCCUUUGCCUUCGCUGAACCCCAUACCCAGUACGCAAAGACGACUGAGAAAGUUGGUUUGUGUGGAAAAAAUAUCAAGUAGUUAAGCGGUUGAAACGAAAUUAUAGGGAUAAACAGAAAUCAGGUUUGUGUGUGUCCCCCUGUAGUGUCCCCCCCCCCCCAAAAAAAAAAACGGGCCACGUGGUAGGUGCGCUGGGCCAUACCGGAUCCUGGCAGGCGUUAUCGGCAGACGUCACGCACAUUGGGACCCCUGCAGGCCCCACUAUUGUUGUUAUUGGUUAAAAUCCUGGUCAUUUGCUGUGUGCACCAGGGGUUGUGGAGUGGAUCGUCAUUUUAUUGGUGGCAGAUAGUAGACGGAGCGCUGAGGAUGUACCUAAAAUGCUGCGUCAAACGCUCCAGAACUCGCGAUUUCUCUGUAAGUAGGGUUGUUUCAUCUGACCUGAGUAGUGGCGUAGUUCCCGUAAUUUGAAUGCCGUAGACUACCCUUAAUUACCGUGAAAAAGUCUCCCGGUUCACGUUGAUUUGCGUAGCCCUAGGUUCACUUCGUUAUGCUAUGGAGCAGCAUACACGACGUCUUCAGCAACAUCGUGCCUCACUUCUGCAGCAAGCGCUUGAUCCAUUUUGCCUUCGCUGAUAUGGCGAUAGUCUUCUUGAUUCUGUCUUGAUACCGGGUCCAGGUGAUGGAGGAGAGAGUGUGGUAGAUGCUGUGCAAGUCCACCAUCACCAUAAACUAAUUCACGCACAAAUCACCGUCUCCGCUCUCACCUUGAUGUGGAGCACACGUUGAACAUCAUCGCAAUCGACGUCGAACUGUUGUGUGCCCCCACGCUUAGUAAUUCCUCCCUUGGAAAGCUGUUUUCGUAUCGUCUGUUUGUUUGCCCAGUCUGUUUGGAGGCCGCGACUUUGGGAAUGUGUGUCGCAUUUAGCUAGGCACUAAGAUCUGCUCACCAGUUCACUGCUACCGGACUUCCUCUACCGAAAAAGACUGGGUUUAAGAUCUUGUUUACUCUCCAGCAACUGAGAAACCAACUUGUUUUAUUACGCCGAACAACGGGGCGAGGGGAGGGGAAAACCGAGGAUUAGUUGGCCGGCUGGAACGCCACCGCUGUUUAGUUGAGGCAUGCUGCAGUUUGCAUAAAAGUAUUUAGCUUCACACAGUCAAGAAGGUCUCGCGGUGGCUGUCUAGGUUUGCAUAUUUCUCGUGCCCUGUCUCGCGAAAUCUUGUUCCACUUGCUAGUAAUCAUAACGGUUUGAACGUCGCAACCGACGAUGUCCACCGCAGCAAGGUGAAGCAGGCACAGUGACUAGCGCCUGAAUUAAUUUCUGGUCAUAGUAGGCUCGCACACCAUCUACUGAACGAGGCUCGGGUGUCCCACACUUCGGGCUUGGGUAUGGCUGGCUGACGACGGCUAAUAAGCCAGAAAUGGCCAUUCCAGUCUCCCUUGUCUUUGUCGGCAAUGCCAUUCUGCCUAUAUAUCAUGCGCCGCUGUGCGGCUGCUGGUUGGGCUCGAGAGAGAGCCCUUAAGGCACAACGGAACGAGUGAGUUCCGUAUGAACGAUCAGUGAGCGCCCCCUACCAUCUACUGAACUCUCUACUCCUCCCCCAUCUGGACCCGCUGCCAAGACAGGGUCAAGAAGGGCGGAGGUGAAGGCGCAGGUGUCUGACACGGCCAGACCCGCAUCUUUUCAUACUACCGCACUCCCCCCCCUCCCCGUCCACACCAAAUGUCUGACCAGGAUUCUACGCAACAGCAGCACCGCAACGGGUCACGAAGAUAAAGAUGACUGGCCAGCCGUGCUCACGACCUGUAUACAUAGCGAGAGCGCAAGCGCAUAUACCGACAGGGAACAAGAUGCCAGAGAACUGCCAACGCGCACCACGCUGCGAAAGCCGCGGUUUGCUGAUCCUUGAAAUGCAGUGCUCUUGAAAGGGGUUUACCGGUAGGUUAAUCUGCACAUACGGCAUCACGUCAGCGACCAUCGAGGACCAAUCGUAAACGAAAAGGAGGCCCCUUGCUCUAUUCCACUCGGAUGCUGUCCUCGAGCUUAUAUGCUAUGGUAGGAGGGCGCUCACCGAUCAUCUUGCGGAACUCACUUGUCCCGUUGUGUCUUAGGGUUCUUUCUUUAGCCCAACUAUCAGCUGCACAGCGGCACGUACUGUAGGCAGAAUAACAUUACGGACAAAGACAAGGGAGAAUGGAAUGGCCAUUUCUGACUUAUUAGCCGUCGUCAGCCAGUCAUACGCAAACCCGAGGAAUGGAACACCUCGGAUUCUGCCUCAGCGACUGGUACCCUUGUGGGGCGUGGCAUCUCCUGCGCCCCUAACAUUUUUGAGUACAAGUCGAGUCGAAUCUGAGGAAGAAGAUCCCGUCGGUGCGAUGAAUAGCUUGCUCGCCCGACCUUUUAGUAACACAGUCAGUUCUUGGACUGACAGGGCAGAGCAAGGCGGGUAGUAGAUGAGGUGCUGUUUGCAAAUAGUGGUCUUAGCCAAACACCGAAACUACGGCUGCGACAGUAGCGAUUGAGGGAGACAGGAGCAACUCCUAUCGUUUCUCAGCAGUGAGCGAGGACAUUUACAUUCAGCUUGCUUUUCAUAUGCAGUAUUCGAUGGUAGCUCAAUCGUUGUACCCCACGAUGUCCACCGUGUGUUCCACAGCAAGAUGAAGCAGACACGGUGACUUGCGUGCGCAUUAGUUUAUAGUGGGUGCAGACUUGCGCAGCAUCUACCGCACUCCUCCUCUCCUACCUAGGCCCGGCGUCAAUACAUAGUCAAAGAGACGGGGGGUGAGAGAGGCCGCAAGUGGCUGGCAUGGCCGGACCCACACCUAGGCCUACCGCCACACCCCCUGGUCCUCAACAAACAAACACAUGACCAGGAUUUUAACCAACAAAAAUAGCACCAAAACUGGUUAGAAAGACGGGGACGACUGGGCAGCCAUGCUCACGACCUGUAUACCCAGCGGGAGCGCAAGCGCAUCUACUGGCAGGGAACCAGGUGCCAGAGAACUGCCAGUGCACACGAGGCUGCGAGGGUCACGGUUUGCUGACUCAUGGCAUAACGCACGCUCUCACAAACCUUGCUAGUAAUUACAGACCUUAUCAAUUGCUGGACGUAUUAGACUAAAAUUAUCCCCCUGGCCGCAUGCGCGACUCCCUCUUGGUUGGACGGCCACUCAUUUUGGAAUAUAAGUGUGCGCCAAUUGAUUCACACAGUCGACAUUGCGCAGCCGUGGAAGAUUGAUAGGCAGGAGCAUCCGACGCGAAUUUCAGUGUCGUCAGUUCAAUCCUAUCUGAAGGCAGACAUUUUCUAUGUGGAUUGUCACAUUUCUAUGGUCUGCCUUAAUACAAACUGUUCUGGCUAUUCUCUAAAUCACUGGCUAGGUUAGGUGUCGAACGCGUUAUCCAAUACUUUCCCUGGCCGCCUAUUGUUUGGCUUGUUUAGGACGCAUCAGUUUUGGCUCAGAAACCUUUAACCUGAUCCCUUCUUUUCGUGCGACCCUCCAGCGUCUCCAUAACUGUACAUUCGCUAGCUCCACCGUCCUUAUUUGUUUGUCGCAAAAGUGAGGCAUUGAUCAUGCUUGGCUUCAUGCCUGUCUCCGUCAUCGUCUUGCGUUGCUACAGCCCCGGCCCAAACAUUGGCGCUUUGUGGACGUCGAAUUACGUUGUUCAAGGCAGUUGCAUCACGUUAACUCUUGUCUGUCGUCCACAUUUCAGACGGUCUUGUUAAGAAGAUGGACGAACUGGAUCGGACGGCGAACAUGUUUUCGGGACUUGUUGCACACUCACGCUCUCUUGUACGAGCCAUCUUCAAUCUCUCCAAAGUUCACCGCGGUAAGUACUCUCCCCUGUCUUCUUCUUUACCUACUCAGCUUCAGCGUCUAAGUAGUGAAUAUACCCAGAGCAAUCCGGCCCUGUUUUAGAGGAGCUGAGGGAUACCAGUGGGAGUCGCGUAUUCUGUCAGAACCCCGACGCGCGGCCUUACCCUCAAAUGAUACGAAGCCAGCAGGAGAUUGUCGGGUCUAGGAAAAAGGCGACUGUUUUAUAUUGUGGUGUAAAGGAUGCAAAAACCUUUGUUCGAACGUGCAUCCGAAACCUCAGCCGAAUGGGCUUCCUGCGCCUCGGGCGAUCGAAUUUUCUUCGCAGAGUCUGUUUUAUCCUUCAUACGCGGCGAGACUACUAGUGUCCAGUUUGCCUGGCAUUGAGACGCCUGGCCUGCAUCACCGUGCUAUUUCGGGGAAAAACGAAAGAAUGAGGCUAUGGGCGAGAGGUUUGAGGAUAAAACUGAUGCACCCGCGUUUGUUUUGAGGCAUAAGUGAAAAGAAAUCGAUCUCGAGUUCUAUUCUCGCACAUCUUGUCGAUACGAAUCACCGAGUCGAUGCCGAAGAAGCCUUUCAGUUUGUCUACCGGACACCAGCAAGCUUCUCCAGAGGCCUACGCCAACCGGUGCUAGCUACAGCCGAGGCAGUGGCUAUACGGCUAGCCAAUCCAGUGCUAUGCUGCCAGAAGACUCUGACACAGGCGCUCUGUCUUCCGUGGCCAACGCCGACCCCAACGUCGCCCCAACCUCCUGAUGCCAGGGUGUGUGCACAACGUACCCGACGUACUCACAGCCUAUGUCCCUCCCCCUCGCCCCCUUGACCCAAUGAACUCGACACGCUGACCACGCCAUAGCACGCCUCGUCAGGCGAGUGGCGUAGGUACAAUGGAUGUUACUUGUCCCUGAAUCACUUAAAAGCCAUGUAAUUUCGCAUAACUUAAACUUCUAUGCAACCGUUUUGGCCUGAUAAAGAGUUAACGAAAACACGUAUUUGCCAAAAUUGACUUUUCAAUUGUAACAUGGGAAUGAAUAUUCGCUGAACUGAGCAUAAGUUUCCGUUCAAGGACAUUUUUUCAACUUUUGUCAACAGUCAAAUUAUCGACGCCCACCUAGGCUGGACAUUGUGUAUACUGCAUUUGUUCAUAUCUUUGGGCUGGGUACCGCUCAAAGUAGCCUUUCGGAAUUUAUGUCUAAAGCCAUCUUUGGCUCCACCCAAACGAUGCAUCCCAACAUUUUGGUCACUCUGGAGUUCAUCAACUGACAGGGUGAAGGGGGGAACUAAAUAACUGGAUAAGAUAACGAAGCGUUUCUCACGCCUGAGCGGUGCACCUUGAACUGCAAAGGCCUACUUCAAGUGACUUGUUUUCUUUCUUGCAGAUUUUGGACAAAUUCUGUCAGAGAUUGGUGUCAAGGAGCCCCAGAUGCGUGCAGGCUUGGCCUUCACCCAGUUCGCUGAUGCCCAUCGAGACAUGCAGAAGUUCGCCACUGAAACGCUUAAGAAACUCAAACCGGUGAGUUACUGUCCCCACCACAUGCAGCAAAAGCUGACGUAUACAUUACGGCCAAAAAAAUAUUUCCACCGCCCUAUACACACGACGUCCUAACCGUCGCGAAGGACGACCUUGUUAUGACCCACCUGGUACUUGAAAUCCCGUGGAGCGUAUACGCACUCGACCCGUGUCCCCAAUACCAAAGCAGCAGACAAAGAAAACACGGCCGGCCACGGAAAGUGUAUUAGAAAAACACUGCAAGUCGCGACUAGCUGAUAGGUGACGUAUAUUUAUAACAUCCUACCUUGGUUCACCGGCAUUCGGCCAAAUGACCUUCAGGAAGAGGGGAGUAGCCAAUGGAGAAGCGCCCGAUGGAGAUGACAGCGCUGUAGAGAGAGCAACCUCACGUGGUCCCCAGUGAUUGGUCGGCUCUUGUUUUUUCGGGAGUAUAGGCACUCCCAACAGACCUUCACUGCGAUAUGCCGAUGAUAUUGCCUUGCAUGCUUCAAGUUUUUGUAACCUGCAGUCUAUGGUGUCACGGGUGAACGGGGUCGCUAAGUCGGUCGGUUUAUCCAUAAACGCUGGGAAGACUAAGGUGUUUUCAAGCUGCACCCCGGACCAGGAGAAGGCAUCUGUCGGGAUUGAUGGCUGUCAACUUGAAGAAGUAGACAGUUUUAAAUACCUCGGGGCUAGGCUGCUGCCUAAUGGACAGAGUACGCACGACAUUGUCUCCCGAAUUGAUGCUGCCCGACGAGUUUUCUCAAGCCUUAGAUAAUGCCUAUGGAUCUGACACGACGUCUCCAUCGCCACUAAGAUCCACGUGUACCGUGCGUCUGUCCGGUCUGUCCUUCUUUAUGGUUGUGAAUGCUAGGCUGUGCGCAUGGAGGAGGAACUGGCGGCAAUUGACCACCACUGUUUGAGGACCAUCCUUCGAGUGAAGUGUAGCGACUUCGUCUCAAAUGAGACAGUCCACGCUCGCUGCAAAAACAUCGCAAGGAUAACCCAGGCCAUCCAAGAAAGACGACUGAGGUGGUUCGGGCAUGUUCUUCGUCGUCCACCUCAGGAGCUCAAUGUUACUGCCCUCGAUCCGGCACCGUUGCCCCAUUGGAGGCGUCGAAGAGGGGGUCAACUCAAAACCUGCCUCGAUGCAGUUCGUCCAGACAUGGAGGUGGUUCUUGGACCUUCGGUAUUUGGUCUCCGUCGUUGGCGAAAAGAAUGGGUUGCGCUGUCCAGAUCUGCUGCCGCUGCUGUAAACCCUGUACGCGUUAUGGGGGCAAGCCGGUGUGUGGCACGCGUAGAGGGGUUGUUCAGCUUUGUCCGCCAGUGCACCCGCGCUCACAUCCAGUCGUCUUGACACUGGACUGGGAGAGGGAGUGUGGUGGAUGUUACACAUGCCUGUCUCACCAUAAACUAACUUACCCCCGAGUCACCGGCGCUGCGUCCAUUCCGUGGGGCACACGGUGGAUGCUGUCGUUUGUGAGUGCCGAACCAUUAAUUUACCCGACGCGACGUUGGAUUAGAAAGGCAAUGUUAAAUGUGGAUGGGAUGGUGUGGGCAAACUGAGAUAGCAAGCAGCUUCCGGGAAGUGGCCAUUUCGGGAGGAUGAUCUGCAGAGAAGAGGUGUUGCCCAUCGAAGAAAACCCUGUUUCCGGGCUUUAAUUACACAAGUGCCCUCCAUCUUCAGCAUUGCUCCGCACAUUACACUGUCAUCGAAUUCGGCCAUCCUGUUCAUGCUCACUUUUGGACGAAACCAAUAGGAACGCGUCGAUCGACUGGGUCGUGAGAUUCGAUUUUUGUGGUCAUCUUUUUCCAUGCUUCUAUUCGGGACCAAGAUCGGGCCCUUGCAUCGCACUAGUCCCUCUUUACUUCCUUCUUUAACCUCACCUUUCAACUCUACUUUCGCAAAUCCAUGGAUUCCAUAUCGCAAAUGGACAUUUGCAGUUGCUGUGGAGUAAUCGGUGCGGUUUUUCGGCUACUGGCUGGCUACCCUAAGUCAGCACAAGUCCUCUGCGAUUUAACUCCCGAAAUCGCCAGCAUGCCGGCCGGUCAGCAGUUAGAAGGAAUGGGGUUACGAAUCCUUUCGAGGAGCCACGCCUUUGGCUAUUGUGAUCUCUACCACCUAACGUAGCUCGCGUUUUCUGCUGGUAGCGACUAUGUACGAAGCCACUUCACCUUUUUGGCACUUUGUGUCAAAUGACUUUUGUAGAUGGUGGCCGACCUCAAUACCUUCCUCACGAAGGCCAUUCCGGACACCAAACUGACUGUCAAGCGGUACCUGGAUGUCAAAUUUGAGUACUUGGUGAGUGCUUUGGUGAUGCCUCUUCCCAACGCUUUGUUUGCAUGCUAGAUUUAGUCUUGUAAAAACGACGCCACUAGGUUAUUUCUUUGUAAAUAGGAUCUCAGAAGUUAUUGGAGCUUUCAGGCCUCCGCUAGGACCUAGUACUUCCGGCAUCAAGAAUCAUCGCCCGUGUGGUCUAGGCACCUCCCAUUUGACUGCCGUCUCCCAGCCACUUACAACACUGUCAAGAAUGUGCUGAACCGUCCACUCGAGACACAUUUACUAGUCACUGCCACGCAGGCUCUGUGAUCGCAGACUGUGGCAUCAGCAACUCCUGUCAGGUUGGCUUUCCACCAUAGGACACCGAAGAGUCUUGGGCCCAGCAGUUUGCCCAGGCGGAAAUUCGGACAGCCAUUUGACUGUUGAGAUGUCCGCCAAUGAGCUUCUACUCUUUUUUUCAUCGGAAGACCUCACGUCGGGGUCACCAAUGUCGCGGCAGCAGCAGCAGAUUAGGCCAUAGUGAGAUCCCAGCCGCUACAACCUUUAGGCUCGGUCCCGAAUAGAAAGAGAAUGAGUUGUGAAAAUAAUUUACUCCGUACAGAAGGAGGGGUUGGAGAGAGAGAGUUGGCAGCCGAACGAGGGCACGUCCGGCGCCUGGAAAGCAGCUUAUGCGUCACAGUCCCCUGAUCGAAGAUGAUUGGUCAGUCGGAAAACUGUGGGCUGGCGAAAACUAGGCUGCUGCUGCUGGCGGAGCAUUACAACAGGCGCCCAAGCCAAGACCACUACAGGCUCUCGACGCAGUGGUGCUGUCCCGCCGUCCUGCGACCUGGUGGCCACGCAUUCGAAUACGCCGUAUUCUCUGGAAACACUGCCUGUCACUCACACCUCUAUCUUCUGCAAUUCAGGUCCUUUUCCAAUCUCCUUACGAGGCGGCGAAGGCGGCCGUGAAAGUGAUUGCCUUGUCCUCCGCCCUCAGGUUUACGUCCCCGGCUAAAUUCCUCCUGGCCAGACUGUAGGCAUCUACGGGGAGAUGAUAGAACAUGCUGUGGGCAAGUGUAGAAUAACAGUCCAUCCAUGGGAUAGGAGGAUGAUCGAAACCCCCUGGGACGACCAGCUUUGUCUUACUCAUGGAUUGAACCAUAGUGAGGAGGGAUAGACUGUCCUGCCCUAUGGCCGUGUGGGGAUCACAUUUCAUCAUAGCACUCUUCCCUCCUGCAACAGUUAAGCUGGUCAACCUGACUGCCGAGUGGACGCUUCGUACAAUUGGGAUGCAGAUCGCGAGCUGAUCCCGCAUAGAGUUGUUUGGCUCCUUGACUUGCUCAUGCUUGUUCAGACGCGCGUUGAAGUAGGCGUGGUACCCCUGUACAGGAAAAGAAGAGUGGCCUAUCCUCCUCCUCCUCCCAGUAAUAGAGCUGUUUGUUUUCAUCACACAAAAUAUGCGCGAUGAGUGUUCACCUGCGUUUCGCUUCAUCCCUCGUACCUCCCGCCCGCCCGCCCGCCAGUCCUACUGCCUGAAGGUGAAGGAGAUGGACGACGAGGAGUACACCUUCAACGCCCUGCAGGAACCCCUUUAUCGCGUGGAGACCGGCAACUACGAGUACCGUCUGGUACUGCGCUGUCGCCAGGACGCUCGCACACGCUUCGCCAAACUCCGCAAUGAUGUCCUCGUUAAGUUGGAAUUAUUGGACAAUAAACACGGUAUGCUGCCCUCCGUCAUCUCCCUGUCCCCACUCUCACUCCUCUUCGCUCUCUCUCCUGAACCACCACUUCCAUCCUCCUCCCACUCCUACUCCUCCCCUUACCCACCCCCACUCCCUUUCGUCCUUCCUCUUUCACCAUCUUAUUCUUGUUUUAUCUUCCUCCACCUUUACAGUUCAUUUCCUUGCUACUGCUUGUCCACUUUUAGCCUCUUGCAGUAGCAAUUCCCUGUUUGAAACGCACUGACGAAGCCGGAUAGAGUAGGUGGCAUAUCUCACGAAAUUCUGGACUGUAAUUUCUAUUAUAAAAGGUUACUUAAAUGGGGUUGUAAUAUUGAAUAUCGUACAACAUAAUCCCAGGAUAUUUCAUUCGCGCCAGGAUGCUUGCCCUUUGAACGCCCGUCUUUCGGGCUGCAUUCAAAACUCAUACUCGCCGAAAAAUGAGUACUUAAGUAUCAUGACUUUCUUCCUUCGUCAUCGUCUCCCUCUCGCCACUCUCUGCCUGCAAAAAUCACACUCAUUGAAGAGUGAGUACUUAAGUGUCAUGAAAUUCCUCCGCUGACUUUCAAUGCCCAUAUGAAUCUGAACAUAUUCCAUAGAAAGCUGUACAACCAUAUCUUGCCUUGUACAAAUUUGUAUCAAAUUGCAUAGAUGUUUUGGCAGAUUUCGAAUAAUUCAUAUUGACCCACCUGUGAAAAACUUGGCGCCUCGAUGAGAUUCGAACCGACGACAGUGAGGUGAAGGUUUUAGUACAGCCAACGCUCUAACCACCUGAUCUACGAAGUCCCGCGGGACGACGCAAGCUUAAUCACAUUUGAAGCGCCGAGUUUUUCACAGUUGGGUCAAUAUGAAUUAUUCGAAAUAUGCCAAAAUAUCUGUGAAUUCCGUGAGUCUGGUAGUCAUCUGGUGGAUUCUAGAUGAAUUACUUAGGAAAUACUGCUUGGGCUGUCAACUUACUGUACCAGACUUGGUGGAUCCGGGCGUUGAAGUAGGUUGGGCGAGUAACUUGACCCAAAUGUGAUUAAACUCGCGUUGUUCGGUGGGGCCUCUCAGCGCAGGUGGUUAGAGCGUUGGCUGUACUAAAGCCUUUACCUUACUGUCGUGUGUUCGAAUCCCACCGGGGCGCCGAGUUUUUCACAGUUGGGUCAAUAUGUAUCAGAUUUCUUUAUGUUCCAACUCUCCACUUUAUCACAACCCGACCCGUCGUCCUACUUGUUUCUAGGGUUCCCAAACCACAAGCUGUACGCUUUCUAUUUAAAGGGAAUCAUUCAUCCACCUCUGUGCUAUUAAGGUGUCGUACAAAGCUCAGUAAAUUGUGUACUGGAUAUGAACCAUGUUGUGGGUUUCAAAAAGAGCGUUAGCAAACUGACAGAUACGGUGGUCUUCAAACGGACAUCUCACGGUUUUAAAAGUGCUAUAACUGCGAACGUACAGUUUUUUCGAGCAGGGAAGUCAAGUGGGUGUAAGAAAGUAUUUUUCUGCGCAUGUCCUCAAUACGAUACGUUCGGAUUUAGGAAGGUGUCUAAACUCAAUGGAAGAAUCUCCAUGCUAUAUAAGUAGUAACCUUGUGGCGCAUGUGAUCUUUACAGACAGCCAGAAAGGCGCGCAUUCAAAAGCCAACAUCCCGGCGUGAAUCACGCCGCGGGAUUUGACAUUUCGGCCGUCCUCUCCUACGAUGCCCACCGUGCGAGCCACAGCAGGGUGGGCGCGGGGACGUUGACUUGCAUGUGACUUGGUUUAUGGCGGUAGCAGACUUGCGUUGCAUCUAUCGCACUCCCUCCUCCCCAGCCACCUUGGCCUGGUGUCAGAACAGAAUCAAGGAAACUGGAGGCAUGACGCGGCGUGAACCCGCGCGUAGGCGUACCGCCACUUCUCCUGGCCAGUGCACCUAGGACGAGGAUCCACAUAAGGGCGGGAUAGCCUUCCAAGCCACGGCUUUUAGCGCUCUCUGACAAUUUAAAGCGGGACAGAUUGUUUAUAGUGAUGAAGUGCGCUGCGAAUUGCUGUCAUUCCACUGUCUCCCUCCUUGCACCAGUCGAUAGUCCAGGCUGGGGUAUCCACUGAGGCUAAGAGAUGGUGUGUUGCCGGAUACUUAAUAUUACAACCCACGUACAGUUAGUGACCUAACUCAUGAAAUGUAUCGAAAUUUACGAAUUAUUGCCGAUCACUCGCAAACCGACUCCAUUUCAUGAGUCCAAUGUCUAUGUUGAUGAAGUACAAGUUUAAAACAAUUAAAAACAUGAAAGAAAUAUUAAAGGCAGUGCUGCGUUGUUUAGAAAUGCUGGUUUAUUUUGAAAAGCGCAAUAUCCCGAAAACGUCAGAAAUGGCUCUAAUUUAGUAAACUUUGUUUUUAUAUGUAUUGAAUGUAUUCUCAUACCAGAAACAGUAAAUAUGAAAGUAGACAUAAAAUAACGUCUAGUAAUAGUGUUUUAGUGAAGUUUACAUCUAAAUAUCGUUUAAUAGGUACUGUGAUUUCAUAUAUGACGGUUUGUCAACUGCCUACAUUCUCAGUAUAGAAGGAAUCCCUAUCUGCGUUAUUACUGCACUUUAGGGCGCCAAAUUGCACAGAUCUGCUAAUUUGACAUUUUGGAAUUGAUAAAACGUCUGGUUUUCUUAAAAUAACCUUUGUGUUAGCAGGUUGAUCACCAUAGUUAACAUCGGACAUAAAAUAAAUUUCCAAGUUCGGCUAAAUCUGUUUAUUAAAACUCUCGCGGGUAAAUUACUUUCCUUUCAAUGAAAAAGUCGCUCAGAUGCGUAACCGAAGUGUAGGGCAUGUAUUAGCAUAGGAAAUUGCACGAAUAUAUUCCAACCUCCAUUUUCGCCAAAAUUUACUGAUAUUUUACUUGAUAUAAUUGCGUAAACACAAUUCCUGUACACGAAAAGGACAUUUUAUUGAAGAAUGUGGAUGAGCGAACAAAAUUUUCAACGUCAAAAGCGUCCAGAAAUUCUGUCAUCAGUUUCUGUUAUCGUAUUUCAUGAGGUAGGUCACGAACUGUAGGUAGUCCUUUCCUUCACUUUUGAGAAUUUUGGUUAAUGUUCCAUGAGAUACGCUGCCUAAGUUCCUCUUUUCUGUCCUCUCCACAGUGCAAGACACGGUUGUCCAACUGCAACGCUUUGUCACAGCCCUGGCCACCUAUCACGAAAACUGCUACGAAGUCAUGAAGUCCGCCGUCAUCUUCCCUCUCGAGAUGGACCUCUCACGCGACACCUUUGCCUACCGUUCAGACGUAAUCAACACCGGUGACGACGAGGAUGAGGAGGAGGAAGAAGAAGAAGACGGCGCUAAUAGGGCAGACAACGACGACUAUGAUGAGGCCAUUCUCAACUCCGAGUCUCAAUCAGCCAGAGCCGUGGAUGCUCUGACCGGUGAUGUUGAGCAGUUGUUGGAUCUCAGCGACCCAGUACCGCCUCCCAGUGCCCCCACCACCUCCCCCUCCUCGCACUUUGAUGCUGAUAUGAUCAGCAUUCAGUCGGUAGAAGCCCCUGCGUCACCGCUGAAGCCCAACGCCCUUCUUAGCGGUGAUCUCAUCUCCAUUGACUGA